AGAAGUAUGGCAAACAAUCAGACAGUGGUCAGAGAAUUCAUCUUGAUGGGAUUUCCUGUUGGACCUGAUAUGCGAAUGUUCCUUUUUGGGCUCUUCUCUCUGUUAUAUGCCUUCACCCUAAUGGGAAAUGGAGUAAUCUUAGGACUUAUCUGUCUGGAUUCCCGACUCCACACCCCCAUGUAUUUCUUCCUCUCACACUUGGCCAUUGUGGAUAUUUCCUAUGCCUGUAACACUGUGCCCCAGAUGCUAGCAAACCUAUUGGACCCUGUCAAACCACUCUCCUAUGCAGGAUGCAUAACACAAACUUUUCUCUUUUUGACUUUUGCUCAUACAGAAUGUCUCCUCCUGAUGGUAAUGUCUUAUGAUCGCUAUGUGGCAAUCUGCCACCCCCUCAGAUACUCUGUCAUCAUGAGCUGGAAGGUGUGUAUCACACUAGCUGUGACCUCUUGGGCCCUUGGAUACCUUUUAGCCCUGGUCCAUCUCUUUUUGUUAUUGCCAUUGCCUUUCUGUGGCCCCCAGAAAAUCAACCACUUUUUCUGUGAAAUUAUAGCUAUUCUCAAACUUGCCUGUGCUGACACUCAUGUCAAUGAGAUCUUGGUCUUGGCUGGGGCUGUUUCUGUGUUGGUUGGACCCUUUUUCUCAAUUGUGAUCUCCUACAUUCGAAUCAUAUGUGCAAUCCUGCAUAUCCAGUCAGGAGAGGGGAGACAGAAAGCCUUCUCCACUUGUUCCUCUCAUCUCUGUGUAGUAGGGCUCUUCUAUGGAACUGCUAUCAUUAUGUACAUUGGGCCCAAGCAUGGGAACCCCAAAGGAGAGCAGAAAUAUCUUCUCCUAUUCCAUAGCUUAUUUAACCCCAUGCUGAACCCCCUUAUUUAUAGUCUGAGGAACAAUGAAGUAAAAAGUGCCCUGAAAAGAGUUUUGGGGAAGGAGAGACCAUCUUAA